UAGUGGUUCCCCGGAAGUGUGUUUCAAAGAAGAAAAACAUCAUGGCAUCUAGUUACACAUCUUCGCCGCGCUACGUAAACGACGACGAUUUAGACGACGAUGACCUGUUUGAUUUCGACGAUGAUCGAGAUUAUGAUGACAAUUGUACUGAUGAAGAUACAGAGGAUGCCAGCGAGACAGAUAUGGCCAAGCAACAGACAGAAUAUACUGAGAUCAAGGAACAAAUGUACCAGGACAAGCUAGCUCAUCUCAAGAAGCAACUACAACAGCUCCAGGAAGGUACAUUACCAGAGUACAUCAAGAAACGGCGGAAGAUUGACCAACAGUUCAAGGAGCGCAUGAGAAUCAAUGAAAUAUGGAGAGAGUAUGAGCUUGAGGUUGUUGACAGGGACUACAUUAUAGAGAAGAAAAUUGCAGCAAAAGAUUUUGAGGAGAAGAAGAUCGAUCUGAAGGAACACCUGAUUGCGGACUAUGAGGAGAAGAAAAGAAAUAUUGAGAAUGAGAGGAGUUCUAUAGACUUAAUGGGAGGAUUUUUGUUGUCUGAUUCCAUGGAAGUGAAGCCCAUUACCACCAGAAAACUACGGAGACGACCCAAUGACCCCAUUCCACUGCCAGAGAAACGGAGAAAACCUUCACCAGCUCAGCUGAAUUUCUUCCUGAGUGAGGAGGACAUUAUGGAUGAUCUGCGCAUCAUUAACAAAGUUAGUGGGAAGCCCAUCAGUAAGAAGUCCAACCUGGUACACAGCCCUCUGGAAACCACGGUGGAGGCAAGGAUUGAUGACGGACGUCUGUACUACGACAAACGCUGGUUCCACAGAAACCAGCCUGUGUUUGUGGAGUGUCGAGACAGUGCUAACUUCAAUGGAGUUAUCACAGCUAUUGGAACCCAAGAGAUUUAUGUACGUAAGAUUGAAGAUAACUUCAAGAUCCGGAUCUAUGUGUCACAGCUACAGAAAGGACGGUACAUGCUACGGAGACGAUCAACAUGAUGCCAUUUUAAUCACAUUUAUUCUUAUGUAGUUGUUUAAAAUAAAUGUUUCUGUAAAUA